UAUCUGAUUGAUUAACAAAUAUCUUAAGAUAAUUAAUUAAUUAAUUAAUUAGUUAUCUUGGGAAAUUAGAAUUCGGCUACGAAUAUCGGUCGUAGUUGGGAAUGAAUGACAUGGAAGAGGCGCGCCUGAGAUUUUCGUGGCCGGCGUGUUUGGCCGUUCGUGGGAACCUUCUAUCGUCGGAAAUUCCGCACAUUCCCAUUUUAAUCGAAGAUAUCCCGCGAUACGUUGUCCUGCCCGAUUUCGAGAGAAACUGUAUAAAGAACGUACAAACGAUCGGCGAAAUUCUACCUGGUGAGGCGCGAGUCGUCGAAUUGCAGAGUGUUUCGUCUAUCGGCGAGGCAAAAAUUACGCUUAAUUUGGAAACACUUCCCAUAAAUGACGUGUAUUUCAAGGAUGAAAGAGGAAGAUAUUUACCUGUAUGGGAGACAUCACGUGUUUUCAAAGUUUUUGGUAUGUUAGAAAAAAAGGACGACGAUGUUGUGCUGAUGGCUAAUAAACUGUUGAAAAUCCAAGAUAUACAAGGCAGUGUGAAUACGUUAUCGUUGCUGUCUGCAAUAGUCAGACCUAUGCUUUAUCAGUAA